GGCGUGAUCGAAGCCGCGGCCUCCGUCACGUGAUCGCGGUUUAAUGUUUACAUUCGAGACGGGUGAGGGGGGAAUCCUGUGCCAGGCAGGGGCCCGUUUCGCUUUCAUUUCCCGGGAGGAGGUGGAGGAGGGGGCGGCCGGCGGGCCUCAUGCUGCGCUCAAGCCGCUGACGAGGGAGACAGAGGCCUGCAGAGACCGCCUUAGCCGCUGCCAUCGUGCCGAGCAACAUGGAGGAGCUGGUGGUGGAAGUGCGGGGCUCCAAUGGAGCCUUCUACAAGGCCUUUGUGAAAGAUGUACAUGAGGAUUCCAUUACGGUUACUUUUGAGAAUAACUGGCAACCAGAAAGACAGAUACCAUUCCACGAUGUAAGGUUCCCACCUCCUUCAGGGUAUAAUAAGGACAUCAAUGAAAGCGAUGAGGUUGAGUUUUUGAGGGUGAAAGGAGAAGAUGAUUUCAUGGUUUAUUCCAGGGCAAAUGAAAAAGAGCCAUGCUGCUGGUGGCUAGCUAAAGUUAGAAUGAUAAAGGGUGAGUUUUAUGUAAUAGAAUAUGCAGCUUGCGACGCUACAUACAAUGAGAUUGUCACAAUAGAACGACUGAGGUCUGUAAACCCUAACAAGCCAGCAACAAAAAACACAUUUCACAAAGUAAAGUUGGAUGUACCUGAAGAUCUGCGGCAAAUGUGCGCAAAAGAAUCUGCCCAUAAAGAUUUCAAAAAAGCCGCCGGAGCAUUUUCAGUAACGUAUGACUCUGAAAACUGCCAGCUAGUCAUCCUUUCUGUUAAUGAAGUUACAAUAAAAAGGGCAAAUAUGUUGAGUGACAUGCAUUUCCGGAGUCUCCGCACCAAACUGUCUCUGAUGCUGCGAAAUGAAGAAGCCAGCAAGCAACUUGAAAGCUCAAGGCAGCUAGCAUCCAGGUUUCAUGAGCAGUUUGUUGUACGAGAAGACCUGAUGGGCCUCGCUAUUGGCACUCAUGGUGCAAAUAUUCAGCAGGCUAGGAAGGUUCCUGGGGUGACUGCCAUCGAUUUGGAUGAAGAUACAUGCACAUUUCAUAUUUAUGGGGAGGACCAAGAUGCUGUAAAGAAGGCCAGAACCUACCUUGAAUUUGCAGAAGAUGUCAUACAAGUUCCUCGAAAUUUAGUCGGAAAAGUUAUUGGGAAAAAUGGGAAACUCAUCCAGGAAAUAGUCGAUAAAUCGGGGGUUGUUCGAGUUAGGAUUGAGGCAGAAAAUGAUAAAAAUAUCUCACAAGAAGAGGGAAUGGUUCCAUUUGUUUUUGUGGGUACAAAGGACAGUAUCACCAAUGCAACAGUUCUACUGGACUAUCACCUGAACUAUUUAAAGGAAGUAGACCAACUUCGUUUGGAGCGGAUUCAGAUUGAUGAACAGCUUCGACAGAUCGGAGCUAGCUCAAGGCCUCCACAGAAUCGUCCUGAUAAAGAGAAGGGUUAUCUGAGUGAGGACUGCAGUGGUAUUGGAAGGGGAGGACGUCCCUACAACAACAGAGGGCGCAGCAGGCGGGGUACGGGAUAUGCCUCAGGUACAAAUUCUGAAGCAUCAAAUGCAUCAGAAACUGAAUCUGACCACCGAGAUGAGCUUAGUGAUUGGUCCUUGGCACCAGCAGAGGAAGAUCGGGAUAGCUACAUUCGGAGAGGAGAUGGAAGAAGACGUGGUGGAGCACGAGGCCAGGGGCUGAGGGGGCGUGGUGGCUUCAAAGCAAAUGAUGACCAAUCUCGGACAGACAACAGACAGCGCACUUCAAGAGAUCCUAAAGCACGGACAGCAGAUGGCUCUCUGCAGAUCCGAAUCGACUGCAAUAACGAGAGAAGUGUUCACACUAAAAGCUUGCAGAACACAACCGUCGAGGGCACCCGACUUCGCACGGGCAAAGACCGCAUUCAAAAGAAAGAGAAACCUGAGGCCGUGGAUGGCCAGCAAAUUGUGGUCAAUGGUGUACCAUAACUUUUACAUGUCUACCGUCAACCCUAUACAGUCUAAACAAAGUCUAAAAAAGAUGCAUCAUAUUUCACAUUCUAGAAGCCUGGUAGGCCAAAGACAAAUAGGCAAGAAGACAUGGAGCAUGACACAAGCGUUCCUGUUGGCCUUAUUUUGUUAGAAUUGGCAAAGUCAGGCAUUGGAAACGUAUUUGCAUUAAUUAUCAAAACCUCCGAGGCUUUCAAUACAUAUUGCACUUGACUUUAAGAAAAAAAUAUUUUUUGUUUAAAAGAGAAAAUAAAUGAAAAAAUACUAAACUGUGUGUUGGUAUAAUUGUGUUCAGUUGCACUAUUUUUCGGGCAGCUGAUUAGUAAGAAAGAAAACUGACAGCUAUAAUUCAAAUUUCAGUGCGAGUAGACAGUUCAUAAGCCGGGCUUGUUUUUCCAAUUAUACAGUAUGCCUUAAAGUAAGGCUUUCCUAAAAUAAAUAUGUAUGUGCUGUUGCUGACCUGAAAAUUUGAGUUGGUUGGCUGUUCUAAAUCCCAGAUAAGUAUGCAGAUCAGGAAAGUCAGAGGAAAAAGGAGUCUGACUUGUUCUGUGUUAGUGACUCAAAGUAUUGAAGCAAAGGGGGUAAGCAUGAUAGUCGGGUAACUAGCAUUUUCAGAAUAAGCCUCCAAAGGCAACUUCCAUUGUUCUCUUUGGAAAGGUUUACUUUAAGUCAUUCCAUCAUUUCUAACUCUUUCAGCAGUAUCUUAGUGGGACCUAAUAAAUGUGCAGCAUAAUGUAAUUUUUCACAUAGCAAAAAAAUAAAUAAAAAAUUGUAUGAUCUGUGCCUUUUUUCUAA